UUAAGUUAGCUAUUAUUUUGAUUUGGUUGGUGCACACAAUUCCUACUAAUAUUUUCGAGACAUGGUGAAAAAUACAUACAAAGUCCAUUUAGUCUUACACGCUAACACUCUUCAAUACAUAAGAAGAAUCGAAUAAGUUUUUUCCAUGUAGUUUAUCAGUUAAAAGCUGGUGACAUAAUGGUUAAUGCUAGCUCAAUUCAAAAUUGAAUUUGUCGCGCACCUGUUCCCCAUGUCGGUGGGGUUUAGUUUGUGACUAGUCUUCGUUUGAUUGGCUGGCCGAUUGUUAAUUAAGGGUUCCCGGCAUGUUCGAUGUAAUUGUUAUCGGUGCAGGUAUAUCUGGACUAGGAGCUGCCCACCUACUCACACGUGAAUCAUAUAGUGUUCUGGUGUUGGAAGCUCGAAGUCGUCCAGGUGGCCGAAUACACAGCGUGCGCCUACCCUCAUUAUCAACACCUCCCGCUGAUCAUGCUCAAUCAAAUAGUAUUAAUAAUCAUGAUCAUCUUAGUACUUAUCAUUUUCAUAUUAAUGAACAAAAACCAACUACCACUACUACAUCAUCAUCAUCAAUGCAUGAAUCGUCGGAUUCCGACAGUUCCUGUGCAUCCUCCCCCUCAUCACCUUCACCUCCAUCUGGUGGUGGUCAUCCAACGACAUUUGAUCGUCACUUAGACGAUGUUCAUGUCGAUGGCGAUAAAAUGAAUCCAGACGAUUAUUAUUCUGGUCCAAUUGAUGUUGAUCUUGGUGCAAAUUAUUUAAUUGGUUGUUCAAAUCGACAAGCUGAUCAACCAUUAUUUCAUUUAGCUCGUAUGCUACGUAUACCGACUGCUGUGACUGCUGGGGAUUUAUGCAAAAAAUAUCGUGGUUGGGAAUGUGUGGAAAUAGCUAAAUGGCUUAAUCAUUUCACACCGAAUUUAUCAUCCAUUACACCUGAUCAAGUUGCUGAUGGUGUAUUUUUAUUUGAUAAAGUUAUUCAUCUAACUGUUGAUCGUUAUAUGAAAUCGAAAACACAAUUGAAUCCAUUUCAGACUACAGUGAAAGAACUUUUUGAUAAAGCUUUACAAGAUAUAUUUGAUACAGAAGCCCAGUUUCGUAUUCGUCCGUCGGCGGAUUUUCGUGAUCCAAUUGAAAAAGGCAUCUUUUUCUCUGUAGUUAGCCGUUAUUUAGCUUAUGUAAAUCCUAUCGAACGUUUACCAUUAUGCGUUUUAGAUGAUUUAUGCGAAGUGGCCGAUUCUAAAUGGCAAUCUAAUAUAAUCGGUGCAAAAUCCAGCCUCAAUACAGGACAUUCGAAUCCGGUGUUAAAUCAAUCAUCAUCAUCAUCAUCUGUAUUAGCUCAACUUGUCCAGUCAUAUCCAACAAUGGAACAACGUAGAGCAUAUCAUACAUGGGCCGAGCGUAAGUUGGACGCUUUAGAACGGAAUGAUAAAGCUUCAUUACCAUCCAUUGCGAAAACUGUCUGUGUUAGUUGGGAGGAUCGUUUAGUGACUAGUCGAUUUAGUGAUCUGUUGAAUCCGUUGCUUAAAGGUGUCAAUAUUAUUUAUAAUGCUGUAGUGACAGAAAUUGAUUGGAGUAGAACUGGUGAUAUUCACACAAGUACCACUACUACUACUACUUCUGCUAACGAUACUACUGAUACCACUACUACUAGUACUACUGCACAAAACAGUAAAAUUAUCAUCAAAGCUAAAGUGAAACGCCAAUCUCAACCGACUCAGAAUGGUGAUCAUAAUAAUAAUAAUAAUGAUGAUGAUGGCGAUGCUUUAGCACAAGAUUUGUAUGAAGAACAAGUAUAUGAAGCCAAACAUUGUAUUAUUACUGUUCCAGUUGGUGUACUAAAAGGUCUUAGCGCAUCGUCAACAAUCACUUUCUUUCCGGAAUUACCAUUGAAUAAACGUCAAGCUAUUGAACGUUUAGGAAUGCCUAGUCAAGGUUCAGCAACACAUGAAAAAGUAAUUCUACGCUUUAAAUAUCCUGAAGAUGUAUUUUGGGAUACAAGUGCAGCUCAUCUUAAAUGUCCUGAUCCCCGUUUACAUAUAUUAAAUUUACAUCGUUAUGGUAAACCUGGUGUUUUAUGUGCUCAUUUGUGGGGUGGAUCUGGUCUUAAUUCAGCUGGUCGAUCAGAUAAAGAAAUUGUUGAUAUUAUAUUAGAUUUACUCGACCUCAUGUACAGUGCAAAAAUCAAUUCGGAUUCUCAACUAGUCGGUCGUAAAAUUCCCAAUCCAGUAUAUUAUUUAGUGACACGUUGGUCUGAAGAUCCUUUCGCACUAGGUGCUUAUACUACCGGUGAACCGGGCAGCUCUGAUGUUGAUCGAUCAAUCUAUGCAAUAAGUCUAACUGGUUUGGAUGCGAAAAAUCAAUGGAAAAUUAAACUAGACGAAGAUGUGUUUGUUUGUGACGAUAAUAAUGUCAGUGGCAAUAAUCAAUUGAGCCUUACUACUGCUGCUACUGCUACUACUAUUACUACUGAUAAUGAGUUACGGAUUCCACGUCUACUGUUCGCUGGUGAAGGAACAUUGACAGCUAAAGAAGCUAAGGAAUGUACUCAUGGUGCUUUACAAACUGGUAUUGCACGAGCUAUUGAAUUGUUACCGUAUCUUAUGAAAUCGAAAUCCACCAGCCUACCUGAUCCAUGUGUUAUACGUGAUUUGGAAAUUUUACGUUUACAUGCUCAAUCGAAUUUUUCUAGUUUCAGUACUAAAUUAGCUAGUUAUUUAUUUGGUAAAGUACAAUUGAAUCGUUUAUUAAAUUGUAACAUAGCCAAUGGUAAACAAUAUCGUCGUGUCAUUUUAACACGUUCCACAGAGCAUACAACUAAAAUUUUAUCACGUCGUCAUCAUACUACUACUACUACUGAUAAUCAUAAUAAUAGUAGUAUUGAUGGUGGCAGUGGUGGCAAUAAUGAUCCUGAUGAAAAAAUGGAUAUUAAAUUUGACAUCAAUCAUAUGAUGAUCAAUACCAAUACUCCUUUUGUAAGAUCACCACUUUUUGGUUAUCGUCGACGUUAUCAUCAUUCGUCUAGAUCGUGUUGGACUGCAGAGAAUGAAACAUCGUGUAAAUGUUGUUAUUCCUAUGCUCAUACUAGUAAACGAUCACGUCUUAGCACUAACACCACUGGACGUCGAGGAAGAGGACGAGGUAGAGGUAGACCAAGAAAAACAAUCGGAGGCUUUACAAUUUACAAUGGACGUGGUGGUAUUUUCAAUACACAACUCUCGAAUGGUUUUAUUAUGAAAAGACCACGUGGAAGACCGCCGAAACGACAAGGUCAUGCUGCGUUGUAUGCCAUUUCCAGAGCACAUCGUUAUUUACGCGGGAUCUCAUCUAGACUAGUGUAUAAUCGGCGUAGAUUAGAGCCAUCCAAUCUAAUCAUCAAUCAACCACCUGUGAAUUCCAUGCUACCACCACAUGCUUCCACAUUAUCCUUAUCAACAACAACAACAACCACAUCGUUGAUCCAAUCUGGAGCUGCAACUCGAGGUCGUGGUCGUGGCGGUAAACGAGGCAGGCCACGUAUACACUUUCCACGUACAUUUGAAUCAAAAAGUACCAGUUGGGGUAAUCUCUUAUCGGAUGAAGAUAGACAAGAGACUUUAUUACAAUUAACCAAUUUGUUGAAUGAUUUCCAAACGGCUACACAACAAUCGAAACAGAUUUCUUCUAUCGCCACUGUACUACUAUCAGAAGAAUUAUGUGUCAAUAAUCAUGAAGUAGUAAUUCUUACAAAUGGUGGUGAUGGUGACGUAAAACCGUCCACUCCUACAACACCACCACCAACAACAACAACAACAGUGGACAAAUUAAAAGAUCAUCAAAUUGAAGGAGAAGAAGAAGUGGAGGAAUGCUUGUCACAAAUUGAUGAUGAAAAGCAUUCAACAAUUCAUGAGAAUCAUUCAGGUUUAUCAUCGUCCGAGCAAAACAAUGUGGAUAGUGCAAUAGGAGCAGCAGUAGUAGUCUGUAACACUAUACCGGACAAUUGAAAUUUCAGUGUGCGUGUGUGUACGUGUGUAUGUAUAUAUAUACAGAGAUUAAUAGU